AUGGCAAAUCUGGGAGAGAAUGGCAGCAGAGCUAGUGGCAGGGACUUGUAUGGAGUUCUGGGUUUGCACAAGGAAUGCUCUGCCACUGAGCUAAGGAAUGCUAACAAAAGACUUGCUCUGAGAUGGCAUCCAGAUCGUUGUUCAGGUUCAGGGAACUCGAAGCAUGUUGAAGAAGCCAACAGCAAGUUCCAGGCAAUUCAGCAAGCCUAUUCUGUUCUGUCUGAUGCCAACAAGAGGUUCCUAUACGACGUCGGAGCCUACAACAGUGAUGAUGAUGAUGACCAAGAUGGAAUGGGUGAUUUCCUGAAUGAAAUGGCUGUCAUGAUGAGCCAAACGGAGCCUACUCAUGAUGAGAGUGGGGAAGAGAGUUUUGAACGGCUGCAAGAUUUAUUCAAUGAAAUGUUCCAAGGUGACACUGAGUCACCAUUUGGAGCUUCUUCCUCCCUGGACGGUUCCUCGUCAUCAUCAACGUCCUCGUCGGCUUCCUACACUUCCUACUUCCAGAGCUCCGACUUGCCUUAUGCAAGCAGCAAUCCUGAGCUCAAGAUGCGCAAUAAUGACAUGAAACAUUCACUUAACCAAGCUUCUCACUUUCAGAACUUCUCUCUAGGGACAGGUGGAAAAUCGGAAGGAUUUCAAAAAGGGGAAGCCAGCAAAAGGAGGAGGAAUUCAGGGAGAGCUCGGCGGUGGAAGGAGAAAGCAAGGUAG